CCGUCCACUAAUUUCUUCUUCUCAUUUCACAAACUAUUAUGAAAAUGUUUGAAUUAAAGCACCAACCCUAUUUUCUGUUUCUUCUUUUUCUAGCUGUGGGACUGUUUUCAUGUUCAGUUCAAUCCAUGAGGUUUGAUUUGCAACCUGGAGUUGCUAGAUGCUUUGCUGAAAACAUGAAGAAUUAUUUGAUGACAUUUGGCAACUAUUCCAUUGUCAAUCCCAAAGAAAACCAGACCCUCACCGUUCGGGUAACUUCGCAAGGAGGUACUGCCUCACAUCAUUUGGCAGAGCAUGUUCAGUCGGGGCAGUUUUCAUUUGUGGCACAUGAAAGUGGUGACUUCUUAGCAUGUAUCUGGGGGGAUGAAACACAUGAUCCUCAAGUUCUCUCUAUUGAUUUUGAGUGGAAAACUGGUGUGAAUGCCAAGGAUUGGCCCAAAAUUGCAAAGAAAAGUAACAUUGAUAGAAUGGCACUUGAGGUACAAAUUUUGCAUGAAACUGCCUUGUCCAUUAAGGAUGAGAUGUCCUAUCUUCUUCAACGAAAUACAGAAAUGCUAGAGGUCAAUUGGAGAACCGACAGUGGAAUGUUAUUGUUUAUUUUCGUCUCAUUUUUCGUCACCUUCAUAGUAGCAGGAUUACAACUAUGGAAUUUGAAGAGCUUCUUUAAGAAAAAUAAAAUCCUAUAA